AUGUCUUAUCAACAGCAGCAGUGCAAGCAGCCCUGCCAGCCUCCUCCUGUGUGCCCACCCACAAAGUGCCCAGAGCCUUGCCCUCCUCCAAAGUGCCCAGAGCCUUGUCCUCCCCCAAAGUGCCCUGAGCCUUGUCCUCCUCCAAAGUGCCCUGAGCCUUGCCCCCCUCAGCCAUGCCAGCAGAAGUGCCCACAGAAGAACAUAAACCCAAGUGAUGGUGAUGUAUCAUAUGACGAAUUUCCUUUAGUGUUAUUUCUUUGGAGCAAACUUCCUACAGAUUUCCAUAUUUGA